AUGACUCGACUCCUCGUUGAUCUUUACUCUGAAAUUUGGAAAGAAGAAGAUGUCACUGAAGCCCUUGGGUGCAAAUCUCGAAGUUGUAAUCAAUUUGAUCCUUUUGACCGAGAAGAGUUUGCACUCGUCACUUCUAGCUGGAACAACGGAUCGGCUCCUGAAUACUGGUUUAUCCGAAAAGACAACGACCCUGAGUACUACGCCAUUCUUGAAGAGCUUCGUGGACCCCUCGGCAAUCCUGGAAGAACAGGUCAUCCUGGUCGUCCUGGGUUUAAGGGACCUAAAGGCGAAAUCGGCGAUAAGGGUGAAGCUGGUUAUCCAGGUGAUGUUGGUCCGCGUGGCGAAGAAGGCUACAAGGGUUGGAGAGGCCCGGAAGGAAUUCAAGGAAAGCAAGGCGUUGCUGGAACAAAUGGCACCCGCGGUGACACCGGAACUCGAGGAUUUCAAGGGCCUAUUGGACCGAGAGGAAAAGAUGGUCUCCCUGGAGAACGUGGAAUAAAAGGAAAGAAAGGCUUUCACGGCUAUCCUGGCAUGCCUGGUCUUCCUGGCUUCGAGGGUGACAAGGGUUCUCUUGGAAAUCCUGGAGAAGUCGGGCAAGUUGGAAGCCCAGGUCCUAUUGGCCCUCCUGGAUUCAAUGGUCGACAAGGAUCAAAUGGCACUGAUGGACUUCAGGGAGUCAAAGGUUAUCCUGGCGAUCAUGGAAUGCGUGGACUUCGUGGUUUUCCUGGUAGACCCGGUGUCUUUGGGAUGAAAGGCGAAAAAGGAAAAAUCGGGCCAGUUGGAAAUCCCGGGAUGAAAGGUACCCGUGGCUUGAGAGGAUCAGUUGGCUGGAAAGGUGAUCCUGGAGAUCCUGGCUUGACCGGGCCUGAUGGAGUGCUUGGCAAUCCUGGCCCUCCCGGACCCGACGGUAAAAAGGGUGUCAAAGGACCGGUUGGACCUAUUGGCGAGCGUGGAAUAGAAGGUGACCUUGGUCAAAAGGGAAUGCGUGGUAUCAAAGGAUUACCAGGCGAUCUUGGCGACAAAGGACCCAAAGGAGAAGAUGGCAAAUCUGGAAAAGAUGGUUGGCCUGGUAAAAACGGCGAACCUGGUAAACCUGGCAUAACUGGUAAGCCUGGAAGAAAGGCGCGUUCCGGCUGGCCUGGAAAACAUGGCUUGAAAGGCUGGUUUGGUAACCCUGGUCCUCAAGGAAAAGAAGGUCCUGAGGGUCCAGCUGGUGUGAAAGGCAAGCCUGGAAAAGUUGGUUGGCCUGGACCUGUUGGAAAACAAGGGAUUCCUGGUCAACUUGGUCCAAUUGGUUCAAAAGGGCUGAAAGGAUAUCGAGGAAAAGAAGGCGGCGAUGGACCAGUGGGAUUUCCCGGACCAAAAGGGAUUAAAGGGUUACCUGGCGAGAAGGGUAUCAAAGGAGUAAACGGUCCAGCAGGGAUAUUCGGCCUUCGUGGUGAACCUGGUGCAAAAGGAGAUGUUGGGCCAAAAGGACACAUCGGUACUCAAGGUGAAGAAGGCGGAAUCGGCGAAGAAGGAGAUCCUGGGCCUAUUGGUUUACCUGGAAAGCGAGGAAGACGCGGUGCAUGGGGUAAACCAGGCCAUAUCGGUUUCAAAGGUGAACCUGGUCUCGUCGGUGGGCCUGGACCACAAGGCAUUCAAGGUCAUCCUGGCCCUCUCGGCGAUCCUGGUCCUCAAGGUCCGGUCGGCCGUAAAGGUGCUGCUGGCCCUCCUGGUCUUACUGGAGAAAGAGGUCGAGUUGGACUCACUGGUAUCGAAGGUAAACCAGGUCUCAAAGGCGAGCGGGGAGUAUCUGGCCUCAUCGGUACAGCUGGCGAGAAAGGUUUACCUGGCCCAGAAGGAUAUAUUGGGAUGCCCGGUGGAGUUGGCUUUCGUGGUGAUCUUGGUGAUAAAGGCGAGCCCGGGCCACCUGGUUUUCCUGGCGCGACUGGUCCGAAAGGCGAGGAAGGUACUCCUGGAAGGCAAGGACCAAUGGGAAUCUCCGGAAAUCAAGGUACCUUCGGCGACCCUGGCCAUAUUGGACUUCACGGAAAAGCAGGUCCUCUCGGACCAACAGGUGUUCCUGGUCGAACUGGUGAUCGCGGUGAUCGUGGAAUAAAAGGAAAACCAGGUCCACAAGGUCCUGAUGGCAAACGUGGAUUCAUUGGCAUGACUGGAAAUCUUGGUCCAAAAGGCAAACUCGGACCACGAGGUGCUGAAGGAUUCAAGGGUCAAGUCGGAUACCCUGGCAUUCCAGGAGCUCCUGGUUUAGCUGGAGCUCGAGGUCCAAAAGGACAGACUGGUGAUGCCGGCCCUGAUGGCCUCACUGGACAAAUUGGAGCACAAGGUCCUCGCGGUCUGAAAGGACCCCCGGGUAAACAAGGGGUUACCGGUGGAUUUGGUCGUCCAGGACCACCUGGCAUCAAAGGUGAAAAUGGACAAGUGGGAAUCCCAGGCCAAAUUGGCAUGACUGGCGAUCCGGGUUUUCCUGGUCAGCCCGGUUUUCAAGGUCCUCCUGGUGAGCGCGGCGAAGCUGGAGAAAAGGGCCUAAAGGGUUUCGAAGGACAACAAGGCUACCCUGGAAUCACUGGCUUGUACGGACGAAAGGGAGAGCCCGGCUCGGCGGGUCGAAUCGGUCGCGAAGGUCGAGUUGGUUUACCUGGAAGAAAUGGUCCACACGGUAUUCAAGGAGAUCCCGGACAGCCUGGAUAUAUCGGCGCUCCCGGCUUGAAAGGAAUUCAAGGGCAUCCAGGUCUUCCAGGAAGAUACGGACCCAUGGGAACGAUCGGCAUGCAGGGGAAAACUGGAUCAAAAGGCGACUACGGUGAUGUCGGCGAACUUGGUCACCGAGGUGCAGUUGGCAAGACAGGCCCGAGAGGAAGAGAUGGCCAAGAAGGCCCGAGAGGUCCAAAAGGAUCGAAAGGAAAACUUGGCAAAAAGGGCAUGAAAGGUGUCCGUGGAACUUUUGGACCCGAAGGUCCACAAGGGCGACAAGGACCAACCGGUGACAGAGGAAUUCAAGGAAUAUCCGGGCUUGAGGGACCAAGAGGAGAUCCCGGGCUUCCCGGACCGCCUGGACCACCCGGUGCUCAAACUGCAUCUUAUUCGUUCGAUAAAAUGUCUUACCAAAACGACAUGUUCGUCGGAGUAAAAGAGGAUCUCGUAGACCUCAAACGCCAUAUCCGACGCUUUGCCAGCCCUAAUGGCGCUGAAAAAGAUGAAGCCGUCCAAUCUUGCGCCGAACUAGGACCGAAAGCUUAUGGUCAAAAAGUAAUCGAUCCCAACCAGGGCCAUAAUGGGGAUGCUCUGAUUGGCGAAUGUUUUGUCCAAGAUGAUUUCGUCUUAACCUGCUUUUCCUUCGACUUUGAAGAUGGUGUUCAUCCAGAAAUCAAGCUGACGGCAAGUCAAAUGAAAAUCCUGGGAAUACUGUCCUCCAAAGUCACUCAAAAGUUCAACGUCUCCUACUUGGCGGCGAAGCUCUGUACAGAUUCAAAAACGAUACAAGUCGCCAAUUUCUUGCAUUAUUUGAGCGAUUCGAAAAUCGCCGCUUUAUCACUAAACUGCCGCAAAACCAAGUCUAAGGAUUGGGACGAAGAAAUUUUCCGAUUUGAGUCGCCAACAAAACUUCCAAUUGGGCGAUUAAAAUGGCUCAAUGGCUUUUCUCCCAACCGCAAAUUCAUAAAGAUCAAAAGCGAACUGUGUUUCUUCCAUCCAAAUCAACUCAAGAACAAUUCCUGA